UUACACUUUAAUCGAUUCAGACAGGUCACGUAGUCUUUACGUGGAUGGGAUGCACAUAAAGUAACCCGCGAGCUGUAUCUUUCCGAGCUAACCGCCAUGGAUUUUAUGACAGAUCGUGAUGUGCAAACGUAUGUGGAUGAUGGAUAUGUGGUUCUGGACGGGCUGCUGACCUCUCAGGAGUGUGAUGAACUGAGGCAGAGGAUGACAGAGAUUGUGGACCAGAUGGAUGUCCCAGAGCACUGCCGCACCACCUUCUCCACUUAUCAUGACGAGCAGCUCAAAACACAGAUGCAGGGAAAUGCUGACUAUUUCAUCACCAGUGGAGAUAAGAUUCGCUUUUUCUUUGAGAAAGGAGUUUUCGACGACAAAGCUGAAUUCAUCGUACCAAAACAGCGGUCACUGAAUAAAGUCGGUCAUGCACUACAUGCCUAUGAACCGUUGUACAAAAAGGUUACACAUUCACCCAAAGUUCAGGGCAUAGCUAAGAAGCUGGGUCUUGCAAAUCCUGUGAUACUGCAAAGCAUGUACAUUUUUAAGCAACCAGGAAUUGGUGGGGAAGUGACACCACAUCAAGACGCCACAUUUCUGUACACCGAGCCCCUGGGCAGAGUGAUGGGGAUGUGGAUCGCCCUGGAAGAUGCCACCGUCAACAACGGCUGCCUGUGGUUUAUCCCAGGGUCACACAACAGUUGUAUUUCUCGGCGUAUGGUGCGCACCCCCAAAGGCACCUAUCCUCUGACAGACUUCAUUGGAAAAGAGCAGGCCUAUGAUGAAGAGAAGUUUAUCGCUGCACCAGUUAAAAAAGGUGGCGUAGUCCUGAUCCACGGGCAGGUGGUGCAUCGCAGCGCUGAAAACAACUCCGAAGACUCUCGCCACGUCUACACCUUCCACAUCAUGGAAUCCCAGGACACCUGCUGGAGCCCUGACAACUGGUUGCAGCCCACUGAAGAGCUCCCUUUCCCACUUCUCUACACCAAAUGAAGGAUAUCUUUGGGAUUUGGCUGCAUUAAAAACAGAAGAUCCUCUAUUUUUACUGAAGAAGCACCAAUAUGCAUGAACUGUUUUUAACCACAGCAAGUUGCUGCAAUUUCUAAUGGCGUGUUUUUUAUCUUACAUGACACCAUCUGUUUCUCUGAGCUACAUGUAUACCAGCAUGUGACCCGAUCCAGAAUCACUUCAACUGUGAAAAGUCAAAAGUGGAUUAAUGGCUACUAACUCAUUUUUUCAGAGUGUAUCAAUGUUUUAAAUGAGAAAUUAAUUUGAAGAAACACUUAACUUUUUGAACAACUUAGAUCUACUUUUUUUAUUCAGAGUCUCCUCAUCAACAUUUUCACCAACCAGCUUUUUCUUGUUCAGGGUCAUUUUGUCAAAAUGAGAUGGCAGAUUCCUAUUUUUGCAGACAAAACAUUAAGCAUCUCUAUUGUCAAGUAUGUUGAUUUUAAGAUGCAACUUAAAUAAAAAACAACUCAACUUUAUGUAUGAAUGAUCAUAAACCACAACAUCUAAACUUCUUGUGUUAGUUUUCUAAUCAAACUGAGAAAGCAAAGGGUUAAUGUUGAUGGUGUGGAAGGGCAAUCACUCAGUCAGCCACACAGGUUCCUCUUCUCAAUCCUCAAAUGAGUGUUGAACAAAUGGACUAAAAACUGGAGGCAUAAUCAAUUUUAUCUUUCUCCUCGGAUGCACUCAACAUGCAAUAUUACAUUUUGAAAAAUGUAAGGAUGAUGGCAAAAACAACAUACAUAGUCGGAUCAUGCUAAUAAACUGUCAUCACAACAUAAAAAACACCAAAGAACUUUUACAGAUGAACAUGAACCCAAGUUAAACAAGUUUCAGGUGAUGAACUGUAGCAUCCUCAUCUCAGAGUGAUGAGAUCAAACCUGAUGACAUCUGAGGAUAUUUCUAUAAAGCAAAUAUCACAUAAUCAUUUGGAUUCAUUAAUGCUAAAAAAAGUAGCUAAAAAGGAAGGGCCUGUGUUGAUCAGUUUGGCCCAAAGCAUAUCUACAGAGUCCAAAAAUAUGCAGUGUAUGAAGGCUCAGUAUCACAAGGAAAUGUAUGUAUAUAUUAAGUUUAUCUCUAAGGGGGUCCCAUCAAACCACAGAAAGAUUAAGCAAAGUAAAUUUACCAAACAAAAAUACACUGUAGUAUACCUGUGUACAUGUUACAGUACUGAUUUCACAUUUGUGUCAUGCGGGAGCAUAGUGAGUUUCUGCCAUAUCGAAGUAUAAACCAGCCCUUAUAAGGAAGAGUUGAGAGGGGCUGCCAUGCUUUAAUCUAUAGCAUCUACAAUAGUAGGUUAUGUGUGAUAGAAAAUAUACUUCUUAAGGCAAAUGUUUUCAGCAGUAAGUCCUCAUAUUGCCAUCAGGGAGGCAAAACAAUAUUUUAAUAAAGAAAAAAAGUCGAUUAAGAAAAAGAUAUAUCAACAAGCUAACUUUAAAUAAUGUUCUUCAAAGGCAAUACAAAGGCGUGUAUCCAUCUGCAAGAAAGGGACAAGAUAGGAAAGCCUCCUCUUUGAUGAUCAAAAUGUGCCUUUUAGCAGCGUCUGCAAUGUCCAGAAUUCAAUACAUGUUUAAAAAGGACAUUUUUCCAAUUUAUUAAACUGAAUCUUGUCUUGCAUAAUUCAGGGGUUGUUAUUGUUGAGUAGCUCAGGGACGUGAUGGUGACAUGCCAAGAAACCAUACACCUCUGCUGUCACUUAGCCCAAAGAAUAUUUAGCAACUCUUCCUCACAUUUCUUCCUAACUUGUUCUGAAAUGAUCGUCUCACUCCUCAAAGCAACUGAUACUGAAAUGACUCUUGAUCUGAAGACAGCAGACUUACAUGUCAUGCUAACAUCAUGUCUGCUGCCAAAUACAGUGAGGACUAGUGCCACAUUGGUUUGCUAACGUAAGAAUUACCCAGCUUUUUACCAUUUCUUUCUUGUGCUAGUAAAAACGACUCCCGUUUUUGA